CUUAAUUCACGUUAUCUCCUACCAAGCUGUCCCUUCCGCCAUCCUUGCUGCUUCUUCGCCGUUAUCGUCGUAGCUCAAAAUCACAGACCUGUUGUCGGGACAAAGAUCCGAGUCCGAACGCGAAGGUCUUGGUUCCUUGCUGGUUCUGCUUACCGCCUGGUAUUGAUCAUUUCUACUCUCUGAUUGUCGCAUGACUAUAACGACUUAGUUUGUUUGAGAACCACUUUUCAAGCUUCCCUGGAUCAGCUUCCUCGAAAUCUCUCCUCUUGGGUAUUUUUUCCCGCUGAAGUGGAUUUUCGGGAAUUCGAGGGUGGGGGUACUCUGAAACCUGGUUCGAGCUUGAAUGUUCGGUUUAAACACCUUCGAAGCUCCUUCACAUGCCUCAACCCCUUAAUUUCGACCUGUCUUUCUAUUGACCCACUUCAUUAUUAUUUACUAUUCGACGUUGACAGAUAGACCCAUCUCGAGACACUAUUUUUCUGUCUUUCUUAAUAAUGGUAAAGGUGGACUGCUGGGAUCUUGUACGCCAGGAAAUAUUAGCCUAGUAUCUUCCUGGACUCAAUUCCUCAAACAAAUCAAUAUCUAGUAGACAAGUUCGCUUUAAAUUCGCUUUGCUUCCGGUUUGAAAAGCUGAAAAAUCCCUUAGGUCAAAAAAGUUCUAGCGCUUUUCAUCCCAUCACCUUAUAUCUCUUGUUAUUUUUUUAAAUAAACCAAACUGUUGAUUUGUCCUUCGGGUCCAUUGAAAUUUAAUGCACAAGUACCUGGUUCACGUGUAGGGAUGAAGCUUAAUUGCUUUCAUUCUGAGGGCCAUAAACCGCUGAUCUCUGGGUCAUAGGACUGGAUUCGGUGUAUGUAGGCUUAUGAUCGUAUUAUCGUAGUAAUAGGUUGCUGGAAUUAAAAUUUGGAUCUCCCAUGCCAACUUCCGAGGAUCCGUCUUCGUCUCGAUCUUUGACUCUGACAUCCAUACCGGCUCGAGAUAUUGAUCCCUUGUUGAAGGAUUUAAAUGAGAAAAAGCAGAGCUUUAGGCGCAACGUCGUGUCAUUAGCUGCAGAGUUGAAGGAGGUUAGGAGCCGCCUUGCAUCACAAGAGCAGUCAUAUGCUAAAGAAACCCUAACAAGACAAGAGGCAGAGAUGAAAGCCAAGAACAUGGAAGAGGAAAUUGGUAAAUUGCAGAAAAGAUUAGAAGAGAGAAACGAUCAGCUUCAUGUUUCUGCCGCUGCUGCGGAGAAGUAUCUGAAGGACUUGGAUGAUCUUAGAACACAGUUUGCAGCAACAAGAGCAACGGCAGACGCAAGUGCUGCAUCAGCUCAAUCAGCACAGCUCCGAUGUUUGGAACGUAAAGAGUUAGAUGAGAAAAAUAGUUCACUGAAAGAGCACGAGGAUCGCGUAACUAGGCUGGGAGAGCAGCUAGAUAAUCUACAGAAGGAUCUUCAGGCAAGGGAAUCCUCGCAAAAGCAAUUGAAAGAUGAGGUCCUGAGAAUUGAGCGUGAUAUCAUGGAGGCAGUUGCAAAUGCUGGAGCAAACAAGGACUGUGAACUGAUGAAGAUAUUAGAUGAGGUUUCUCCGAGGAAUUUUGAGAAAAUAAACAAGCUCCUGGUAGUUAAGGAUGAAGAAAUAGCGAAACUAAAGGAUGAAAUUAAGAUUAUCUCUUCUCAUUCGAAGCUCAAAACUAAAGAAUUAGAAUCUCAGUUAGAGAAACAGCGGCGUGCCGAUCAGGAACUGAAGAAAAAGGUUUUGAAGCUGGAAUUCUGUCUGCAGGAAACUCGUUCUCAGACACGGAAACUACAGCGGAUGGGGGAGAGACGGGACAAAGCUAUAAAAGAAUUGAGAGAUCAAUUAGCAGGAAAACCGCAAAGUGGAGUCGCGGGUGGGGAAAAGCAAAACCAGAAUUUCUGGGAAACCUCUGGUUUCAAAAUUGUGGUCUCCAUGUCUAUGCUGAUCUUGGUGGCAUUCUCAAGGCGGUGAAAAUAGUCCCCCGAUCCAAUGAUUGUUGUAUAUAUACAAUCUAAAGGCCUUCUAAAUUCAUUGAAGAAAAUAGGAGAAGGCCUUUUUUCUUGUAGAGUUACAGGUUUAGUUUAGAUAUUACCGAGUUUGUAGCAUCAGGAUGCCAACGUUUUUUUGCUGUGUUCUGUAAAGCCAUUAAAAUAGUGGUACUAGGUUAAUUUACUUUUUUCACCCUCAUGGCCAUCAGUCAAUUUAAUAUCAUCAAUGUCAAUGUCAAUAUAUAUGGUAAACACAAUAUCAAAGCAGAUUUACAAUAUUUUGAA